AGAAACAAAAUGCUGUCCAACAAAUCUGUGAGUGACGCUCCGAUCGCUCAGUUCAUCAACUGCAGGAUCCUGAGAGAGCAUCAGCUGCAGAGAGAGGACUUGUGGGUGCGUGAUGGGAAGAUUUUAGACCCGGAGAAGCUCUUCUUCGAUGAGCAGGGUUACGCUGACCAGAGAGUCGACUGUGGAGGCAGCAUCAUCGCACCGGGCUUCAUAGACGUCCAGAUCAACGGAGGAUACGGGAUGGACUUCUCUCAGCCCUCUGAAGACGUCAGCGCUGGAGUUUCCUUCGUCGCCAAAAAGAUCCUGGAGCACGGAGUCACGUCCUUCUGCCCCACCCUGGUCACGUCUCCGCCUGCUGUCUACCACAAG